AUGGUCCGAAGAUAUUUCAUCUGGAUAUUUCUCUGUGCAUCUGAAUUGAGGAAUCAAGGUUAUGAGUUUCAUCAUCAAGAUCUCCAGCACCACAAAUCUUCAUCAACAAAUCCGCAUCAUCUCAAUCCUCUUCACUGGUUCAUUCUGUUUCAUCUCCAUCAUCACAAAUUCUUGAAUCAUCUGCCCUUUUCUCUUCAAGCCCUAUCAUCCUCUUGGCUUCAUCUUAAACUGCAACAAUUGCCAUCAUCAUAUUCGUUGCAAGCUCUUUGCAACAACAUCGUCUUCAUCGCGUUUUCAACAGAUCUCAACGCAGCUGAAUUUCCUGCAAAAAGCACAGAAAGCGCAGAAAGCACGAAAUCAAAGAAGAAGUGGAAGAAGGUGAUUAGGGAGGAUCAAAAGAAAUAUUUAGAGAAUACCUUGGCCACGGUGGCCGUAGAUUUCAUCGUUGCGUCAAGGUUCGGUAUCUCUGUUCAGAUCUUUCUGAUUUAG